AGAUGAUUUUGACAAUAAACCACGAUGGAAACGCAGCGGCAAUGACGAAAGUGUGAGAGGCUGGCUGAGAUGGCAAGCGCGCGUUUAGAAUCAACUGGAGAGGCUGGGAAGGAAGUCGGAAGCUUCCUGUUUCCGGAAUGUGAUGUGAUCGACAAACCUCACAGAAACUCUGUGGAGUCGGACGGUUUUUCGAAGCCGUCGUUACCGAAUGGAGACAUUCUGCAUAACGGUGUUGAUGAUGUAGGUAGUGAGCUUAGGACGGAUGGCGCCUCUCUUCAGGACCCGUCGGACUCUCCUGCAAUUUCUGACAAACCUGUCAACGGUUCUAUGGAAGUUCUAGAGAGUGAACCUGUAACAGAUGAGACAGAGAAGCCAAUCGAAGAGAUUCCGUUGGAAAACGGCAGCAGUGACACGCUACAACCUGAUGAUGAUGUCGAGGACGUGUCAGAAGUAGCAGAGAAGCCUGAAACCACAUCGAAGCAUUUGGAAGAAGUCAUAGCGUUGUCGUCGGAUGAUGAAGGCCUCGAACCUGUCGUCAACGAACUCAAAUUUACCCCCGAAGAAGUCAUUUCAGAGUGCCAAAAUGGUCCUUUGAAACGGCCGCUUGUGGAUGAGGAAGCGUGUCCCGAACCGAAAAAGGCCAAAGCAGAAUUUGAGUUCAUUGAUAAGCAUGAGAGCAUUUCAAACUCAUUUCAGUACGAGAAGCUGGUGUUUGAUGCCUUGGCCAACUGUAUGAGCAAACUUCCAGGCUUCAGCAGUUUCGAAAAUGGCAAGGAUCUAACAUCGAGACUGGACGCGGCCAAGGAAAAAUUGCGGAAAGCUACUUCUGAGAUUGAUCGAGUGAAGGAGAUUUUGCAGAAGACCCAAAGAGAUUUGAAAGCUGCCAAUGCGAAUUAUGUAGCACCUGCAAUCACGACGAGAGGUGUGAACUUGAUGGUGAACCAAGCUGCUAUUCUGCAUGCGUUGGCUCAGGUGUCAAAUCCCAACUCCGGAUUGCACGUUGUUGCCCCGAAACCCUACCGAUCGGCGUUCGAGCAGAACAAGAAACCCUCUGUUGAUACGUUGAAGAAAGCCGUCAUAGUCCCGAAAACAACACCCAUCGCUCCGAAGCCAGUGCCGAAAUCCAGCGCAGUGAUAACCAAAAGUUCAAGUGUGCUGAAAGUUCCGCCUGAGGCGGUAGCUCCUUCGCAGCCUGAUCAGAAAUACGCUUCGAUUGUUGCAAUUCGCCAAACCCCGGGCCAGUUGGUACCCUACUACCAGCCGCCGAACAAGGACAGCCAUCAGCUACCUGUUGCAGCUCCUGGGACCGGAAACAUAACAGUGGCAGCUUUCGGCAGGAACAUCGAAACCGUUGAUUUGACUGAAGAGUCUCUUCCGAUGUCUGCGGCGGUUGGAGGCGAGUUAUUAGUUACAGCCUUAUUUUUUGCGAGCCUGACGAGUAUUUUAACUGCAGUUGGAAAAGUGGUUCCUCCAUCCAAUAGGAAAAUAGUUGCGCAGCGAGUGGCAUCUGUCCCUCCUGUCGCUGAAUUGAUACCUCAGCCAUCUGUGUUCCGUUGCCAGAAGCUGCCAGUGACGGUGGAUUUGAAUCGACUGCUGCCGAAGCCCCGUUUGGAUGUCGGUCGGAACAAAGAAGGGCGACUUACACUAACCUGCGAUGUGGAUCGUACAGCUGAAGUUCGGCAGAUCACGUCUUUAGAAGUAUUUGUUGCCCAUGCUGUUGGUACGGAAUUCUCAGCGUGGUCAAAAUUAGACGAAAUCAAUGUCAGGCCAUUUCCCAUCGUCAUCUCAUUAUCAGAGCAUGACGGAAAAGAAAUUUACUGCUUUGCAGUCAGGGCUUUGAAGCGAAGGGGACCUGAUAGAGAGCAUAGUGCUUUUUCCAACAUUGUGUGCUCCCACUCACAACCUGUUCAAGUCCAGAUAUUAUGGUACUAUGAGAACUUAGUGAUCGCGAUGCCUGAGGCGAACGGCGAUGAAUCGAUUGGUUCCAAACGGGUCAAACCGUUUUCCUUCGAGUCUGUGGAGAGUUUUCUGUCUGACAAUGCGUACAAAGAAAUGUUGGAAAAUGCGUCAUCUUUCAAUACACGACUCUUGAUGGAACGAAGGAUGCGAUUGCCCUUCCUGGACGCGCAAACAGGAAUUGCGCAGAAUAGUUCGAUGUUGAUGUUCAACCGUCGAGAUCGAAUGCCUGGUGAUGCAUCACUUGGAAAACUGUACGUUUAUCCUGCUGCCAAGUGGCGGAAAAGAAAAAGGCAGUAUCAUCUGAAUUUCUACAAUUUUCCGCGUAAAGUCGUCAAAGCGGAUGUGCCAGAAAGUUUGCUGGAGUCAGUGGAGUCAACAUUGUCGCAGUCCAACGUUUUCAAUGUGGAGCAGAAGGAGGAAAAUCGAGAACUCUUUCGCGAUGACUCAGCAAAAAUUGCUCAACCUGAAGCUUCGUGGGCAUAUUAUGAGGAUGAGCUCGGUUUGGACGAGGAUGAUUUCUACCACGUUCAAGAUUUUGAUUCUGAUUUUGAUUACGAGGAAUCCUCCAAGAAGAAAAAGAAGAAAUCACGUGCCAAAGAAUCUACCCCCAAAACUAGCCGCGGACGUAAGAAAGGUGCUGAUGAAAAUCAUGAAGCUGAUGGUGAAAAGCCUGUCACCCAAAAAAGACCGAGUGGAAGAUUGAAGAAAAAUGCUGCUGCUGCUGCAGCGCCUGUCGUACCCGCCAUUCCUGUGCAAGAUGUUCAAAGCGAAAAUUCAACUGGGGCUGACAGCAUGGAAUACAAUUCCCCAAUGAAUACUGGAGAAACGACGUCGAGGGGUGGUGACGGUCGUAUGGCACCUUCAGCUUACUGCGAUUUCUGUCUCGGAGAUGCUGAACUCAACAAGAAAACUUCCAAGAGCGAGGAAAUGGUGUCUUGUAGCGAUUGCGGAAGAUCUGGGCACCCAACAUGCUUGCAGUUCACGGCCAACAUGAUCAUCUCAGUGAAGAAAUACCGUUGGCAGUGCAUUGAAUGCAAGUGUUGCACCACUUGUGGAACAUCUGAUAAUGAUGAUCAAUUGUUGUUCUGCGACGAUUGCGAUAGAGGCUACCACAUGUACUGUUUGAGGCCACCUUUGGAAGCACCGCCAGAUGGCAGCUGGAGCUGCGAACUCUGCGUCAAGGAAUUCCACUCCUGAUUUUUUUUUACGCCAAAAAUUUGCUUUCAAAUGGGUGUAAUGUUUUGCAUCUUGCAAAAGAAGUGAAUCUCUCAAAACCUCCGUGAAGUCGUUCGAGUGGAAUUCCUUGAAAAAAUCUGCAAUAUUUCGUCAAGUCUUCGCAUUUGCAAACAAUAUCAGUAUGUAAAAAAAAUUUUCGGAACAUUUUUUUUUUCUCGCGUUGGUGGUGUCUGUAAUCAUAUUCUGCGAUAAUGCUGUCCUCGGUUUUUUAUUUUUAAUUCUGUUUUUACAUUGUGUUUGUGGCAUGAAAACGUUUGUAUUGCUCCGCAUUUCGUUUUUGCUUGUGAAGGACUAAAAGUUUCUAGGAAAUCAUGGGAGUGAUGCUCAACACAUGUUCUGCGAUAAGAAAAGAAAAACUUCAUGAAUGGUAUUAUGCACUUCUGAAGAUUUUUGCUAAUAAUUCCUGUAUUUUUCAGUUUUCCGAACAGCUACUUGUCAUUUAAAUAAAUUUUCUUGAAUUAAAAUCCUUGAGGAUAAUCACAAAACUGAUGAAAACUGUUUUGAAAGUACAGCUUUUCGCAGAAGCCCACCAGUGUUGAAAAUGGAAUGUAAUGGAAUGUGGAAAACUGCUGAAUUUGAGUAGCCUUUCAAAGCAAUGUAUUCACUUGAGAGAUGUGAGCUUAAACAUUAUUCAAAAGAAGUUGGUUACGUAUCACUCGUAUGAUUCCAUGCAAUUCAGACCUCCA